AUGGGAGCCGGUAUAACGUCAGGUGAGUGCAGUGAACAAGAUACUUUCAAUAUCAGUCGGGAGAAGGUUUCAGACUGGAUUUAUACUCCAACGGACACUGUCAUCAUAACCAUAAUCAUACCGAUCACCUGGUGUCUUGGUGUCAUCAAUAACUCAACUUUUCUGUUUGUCAUGCUCCGCGUUCCCAAACUGAGAACAGAUACUUUCUUAUACCUCGCACACAUGGCACUAGCUGAUCUUCUCUUUCUGAAUCUGGCAUCCAUAUUAUACAUUUGGAGAUACACUGCAUCUGUAGUUGUGUUUCACGAUCCCUUCGUCAAUUCUGCCCAGUGCAUUACUUUUUUUGUCGUCGCUCAAACUGGCUAUUUUGCCUCCCUGGCACUUGUUACCAUGGUAACUUUUGAGAGAUACCUUGCCCUCUGUCACCCCAUUAAGCAUCGCACAAUCCGUGGACGGAGACGAACCCACCGAAUGAUUUCAAUCUGCUGGCUGGUAGGCUUGCUGGUUGCCAUUCCAAGCACAGUGAUGCUUUCUGAUCUUAAAUUGCUAUGUCUGAAUUGGCCCGAUGAUGAAGCUUACGUGUAUCAAGACUAUCCGUCAACGUCGACUUACUGUGAUAUUAUAGUACCGUGGGCAGGGUACUUCAUGCCACCGAUGAGGAACUUUCCUUGGCUUUUUUCACUGGCAGCCAACAUCUACAUGUACAUGCGGAUCUUAAAAACGCUCAGCAAACGCAGCGGUAGAGGCGGCAUAGUCAAUAACGAUCCUAAUGCGUUGAAAAUCCGAAACCAAGUGGCCAAAAUGCUGAUUGUAAAUGGUACUGUGUCCUUCUUAUGCCAGACACCAUAUUGUAUCAUGAAUCUCGCUGAGUGGAUCUGUUUCUAUGCACAGAUUCCCAAUCCCUUGUGGAAUAUAUUAGGCAAAAAUAGCAUAGUGAUAUAUAGGGUUUUGCUAUACAUCAAUACAAUUAUUAAUCCCUUGAUCUAUAUGAUAUAUGGA